AUUUUUUAUCGUUCUCUUCUACAACACACACACACACACACAAUGUCUGACAGUCUCAAACAAGAGUACGCAGACGAUGCCGUCGUUCACAACCGUGGGCCUGCAAAGACCACCAACGCUUUGAAGGGUUUCAUGGCCAACCCCUUCGUGUUCGGCACAGCACUCUUCGCAUCGGUCGGUGGUAUUACCUUUGGCUAUGACCAGGGUGUUAUUUCCGGUGUACAAGAAAUGGAGACCUUCAUUGAGCGUUUCCCUAUGAACUCGACUGAACGUGGCUUUGUCGUUGCCAUUCUCGAAUUGGGUGCUUGGGCUGGUGCAUGGCUCUCCGCUUACCCUGCCGAUCGUUUUUCUCGUAAAUAUACCAUUGUGAUUGCAUGUGUCGUCUUCUUGAUUGGUUCUGCUUUCCAAGGUGGCGCCCAAAACCUCGAUUAUUUGAUGGCCGGUCGCUUCAUUUGUGGUAUGUCCGUCGGUUCGCUCAGUAUGGUUGUCCCCAUGUAUCAAUCCGAAAUUGCUCCUCCCGAAGUCCGUGGUUCGCUUGUCUCGCUCCAGCAGCUCGCUAUUACCUUUGGCAUUUUGGCUUCUUUCUGGAUUAACUUUGGCUGUCAAUACAUCUCCGGUGAAGCCCAAUGGCGUGUACCCCUUUGCUUGCAGCUUGUCUUGGGUCUGUUCCUUGGUAUCGGUAUUCUCUUCUUCCCCUUCUCACCCCGUUGGCUGAUGAGCUCAGGCCGUGAAGAAGAGGCCUUGAAGAUUCUUUCCAAGCUCCGUCGUCGCCCUAUUGAUCACCCUGACGUCCAAGAGGAAUGGCGUGAAAUCAAGAUCUCUGUUGAAUUCGACAACGAACUCGAGCGUCACCAAUACCCUCAAUACGUCGAUAGCGGUAAUAAGGGCCGUUUCAUGAUUGGUUUGAUGGGCUACCGCGACUUGUUCCGUCCUGGCAUGUUCCGUCGUCUUGCCAUCGGUUCCGUUCUCAUGUUCUUCCAGCAGUUCUGCGGUACCAAUUCGCUUAUUUACUACGCUCCCAAGAUUUUCCAGUCGCUCGGUUUGAGCGGUCAGACGAUCUCCUUGUUGGCUACUGGUGUCGUCGGUAUCAUCAACUUUGUUGCUACUUUCCCUACUGUCAUGUUCCUUGACGUCAUGGGUCGUAAGCCUACUUUGAUGGUUGCCUCCGUCUUCAUGACUCUUUGUAUGGUCAUUAUUGCCGUCAUCUCUUCCAUUUACCAAGACGACUGGGUAGGUCACGAAGACAAGGGCUGGGCCUGUGUUGCCAUGACCUACGUUUUCAUUGCCAACUUUGCUUACGCCUGGGGUCCCAUUGGUUGGGUCGUUCCUGCCGAAAUCUUCCCUCUUCGUGCUCGUGCCAAGGCCAUGUCCGUCACUACAUCCAGCAACUGGAUGAACAACUUCAUCAUUGCUCAAAUUACACCCGUCAUGUUGGAUAACAUUGGCUACGGUACCUACGUCUUCUUUGCCUGCUUCUGUUUCUUGUCCUUCUUCUUUGUCUGGUUCUUUGUCCCCGAAACCAAGGGCCGCUCCCUCGAAGAAAUGGACGAAUUGUUCGGCGGCGGUACUGCUCAGAAGGAUAACGAAAUCCUGCGUCGCGUCGAGCAACAAUACAGCGGUUCUUACAUCCCCACUGGUAUGGAGAAGCCUGAUACUGCUGCCUAAAAUUCUACACACACACACACACCCUCCCCUUUAUUCAAAUCCUCAUAUUGUAUUUCCCCUCCAUCUACUUUUCGCCCGCAAUAAUAACUCUUGUAUUGUAAAUAUCGUAACGUUUUGCUUUAAUUCUUAUUAUCUUCUAUUUGAUCUCCAUUAUACAAGGGAGCAUGGUUUCUUCCUUAUCUUGUAG